GUUUUAGUUGUAUAUUAUUUUUGCUAUAUUUCAGGUUUGAUAUUGUUACUCAUUAGAAGUUAGAACAUUCCUUCUUGUUCUUAGUUCUUACUAGUUACUGUACAUUGUACAAUCUUACAGAUUAUUUUUAGGUUUCCAUUUUAUAAUGCAUUGUUUUUAUUAAAAGAAAAUUUUAAAUUGGUAAAGUUAUAUUCUCAUUUCAACAAUCUGACUGAGACUGUGAGGGUCAUGAUUGGGAUCCACAAGAAUGGCAGUUACAUUAGUCUCUUCAGGUAAUGGUAAUUUAUCAAGAAGUCCAUUAAAGCUUGCAGCCUGUUCUUCAGAGAAGAAAGCACUCUUCUAUCCUGAUAUUUCUGGAGUUUCCUGCUAUGCUGCAUCACUGAUUGUGAGCCUCUUUGCUUUGGUGAGCUUUGUGGGCUGCAUUCAAGGGGAGUUUGUCUUCGAUGACUCAGAAGCCAUCAUCAAUAAUAUGGACAUCCGAUGGCAGUCGCCUGUUGCUGAUGUCUUUGCUAAUGACUUCUGGGGCACCAAACUCACUCAUCCGUCCAGCCACAAGUCCUACAGACCUCUCACUGUUCUCUCAUUUAGGCUGAACCACCUGGUGUCUGGCUUGUCACCGGGCUCUUAUCAUGCCUUCAAUGUGGCGCUGCACUGCCUGGUCAGCAUUGCAGCUCUUCAUGUUUUCAUGCACGUGCUCUAUGGUUCACGGCAAUGUGCACUGCUAGCUGGUGUCCUCUUUGCCACUCAUCCAAUCCACACAGAAGCUGUGGCAGGAAUCGUAGGAAGGGCUGACUUGCUUUGCGCUUUUUUUGUAUUCUGCGCUGUACUUGCAUACAUCAGAGCAAUAAAAGAAGACUUACACUAUUCUGAUGGAUCACUAAGUCCCGGUGCUAGUAAAGGAUUUGAAUCAAAUAGAAAAUCACGAGGAAGCCCAGCUGUGAGCUCACUUAAUGGGGAUCUUUUAAACACGCGUUCUGGAAUAAGCAAAGGAAAGCACUGCAGAGCUCGAUCGUGGCUAGCACUCUGUGCGAUGAGCACCACAGUUGCCAUGCUGUGCAAAGAAGUUGGCAUCACAGCACUUGGAUUGUGCAGUGCUUAUGAUGUACUUGUCGUCUCCUGCAGUGAGGCGGGUGGCGGGCUGUUGUGUGUGCUACCUUUAGGGCCACACAGAAGAUGGUGUCUGCGGAAGUCGAAUGGUUGUCUGUUGCGACGACACAUUUUCCUACUCGUGGUUGGCAUGAGCCUCCUUCUGUGGAGAUUCCUCAUCAUGGGUUCUGCUGUGCCUCGCUUCAUGGAGGUUGAUAAUCCUGCAUCUUUUAUGGACAGCCUUGUUUAUCGGGUGUUGAAUUAUCAGUACAUUUACUUGCUAAACGUGAUACUGCUGCUACUGCCGCUGUGGCUCUGCUUUGACUGGUCCAUGGGAUGCAUCCCUCUCAUCGAGAGCCUGACGGACGUACGGGCGCUGAUGGUGCCGCUGCUGUGGGUGGCGCUCGCGCUGCUCGUCUGGAGGGGAGUCUGUGGCAGGGACGCCACUGCCAGGUACGUGCUGAUGUGCCUAGCCCUUGGUGUGGUGCCCUUCUUGCCGGCCACGAACCUCUUCUUCAGAGUGGGCUUCGUGAUCGCGGAACGCGUCCUCUACAUCCCAGCCGCCGGCCUCAGCUGCCUUGUUGUUAUUGGCAUGAAGCAGCUCAGCCUUAGUGGCCAAGUCUACAAGCGCAUCGUAGGCGUGCUGUACUGGCUGCUGGUGUCGGUGUUUGUGCUGCGAUGCAGGCAGCGCACCGCUGACUGGUGCUCCGAACUACAGCUCUUUAAAAGCGGCCUCCAAGUCUGUCCCCUCAACGCUAAGGUGCACUACAACCUGGGUAAAGUGGCGGGUGAUGCUGGGGACGAAGUGGAGGCGGUGGCUCGCUAUAGGGAGGCCAUCAGACUCAACCCUCUGUACGACCAGGCCAUGAACAACCUCGCCAACAUCCUUAAGGAUAAGGGUUCACUGAGGGAGGCUGAAGCCCUGCUGCGCAACGCAACGUCGCUGCGGCCGGACUUCGCGGCGGCGUGGAUGAACCUCGGCAUCGUGCAGGCGUCGCUUGGUCUCAAGGAGGCCGCGCACGAGAGCUACACGCUGGCCCUGCAGCACCGUCCGGUUUACCCCGACUGCCUGUACAAUUUGGGCAACCUCUACUUGGAGCGCAACAUGAGUGACGAUGCUCUGUCUGCGUGGCGCAACGCUACGGCGCUGAAGCCGACCUUGUCCAGGGCCUGGAUCAACACCCUCAUCCUCCUCGACUCCCGCCAGCAGUACGAAACUGCGGUCACCACCGCUCACGUUGCCCUCAAACAUCUCCCAGACGAAGCUUCCAUUCACUUUAACCUGGCCAACACGUUGGGCAAACUGGGCCGCUACAAGGAAUCUGAAGUUCACUUUCUUGCUGCCACUCGCCUGGAUCCUGGCAACGCUAACUACUGGUCUAACUUGGGCGUUCUUUAUCACAGAUGGAAAAAAUACAACGAUGCAGAGAAGACGUACAAGCACACACUCAAACUGAACCCGAAGCUGAAGUCAGCUCAGGAUAAUCUUAACAUGCUGAAAAGGAAUUAUUUUAACGGGAGAUGACCCUGCAAAAGUACUUUUUUCAGCGCGUUUCGCAGUAUAAGCUAAAUUUUCAUGAUGCAGGGAAUGUGAAAAUGGUGAUGUGCAUAACUUCACGUGUACGUUGAUGCAAAUCGUUUCCUCGUCUUAAAUCGGAGUCGUGUCUGUUUUGGUAAUCGUAACAUUUAUUUCCAAAUGUGCAAUAUUUUACGUGUUGGAAAUAUGAUGCAGAUGCAAUAAUUGUUGGUUCCAUGCUCUCUCUUUUUUGUUGUUUUUAUGAAUAAUUUUUGUUUGCGUGUUGGAAAUAGAUUGCAAACAUUGAUGGAUAUGGAGUUGAACUGAUCCCGCUGGAG